AUGUUCAAGUCCGACGCAACAUCAACAAAGUUCCUCGCCGAGCAAAAGGCCCUGUGGACAAAUACCCACAAACUCUCCGACGUCCUAGCUCGCGCCGAUGAAUUCGACGCUUUAUUCUACGUCGGUGGUCAUGGCCCAAUGUUCGACCUAACAACAGACCCAACCUCCCUAUCUCUAAUCCAAACAUUCGCCGCCUCCAAGAAACCAAUCGCAGCCGUCUGCCACGGUCCCUGCGUCUUCCUAAAUGCUACUUCCCCCUCCGGCGUACCCCUCCUCUCCGGCGCAAGCGUAACGGGUUUCUCCAAUGAGGAAGAAGAUCAGGUCCAACUCUCGGAUGCGAUGCCUUUCAUGCUAGAGACGGAAUUGCAGAGGGUUUCCGGUGGUGGGUAUGUUAAGGCUGAGCAGGCUUGGGGGGAGAAGGUUGUUGUUUCGAAGACGGCUGGUGUUGGGGGUGUUUUGAUUACGGGGCAGAAUCCGGCGAGUGCGACGGGAGUUGGGGAGGCUAUUUUGAAGGCUUUGGGGCUUUAG